CCUCUGGAAUAGUGGCAGGCACACUCGGGCGUUGCGGAUCCCCGCGAGACAGUCGUGCAUGCUCGAAGUCAGCCUUAUCGAUGUGUUACCGUGUCUUUGGUGGGGGCCUGGCAGCAGGGUGGGAGCAGCCCGCGCGCUCUGCGGCUGGACUGAGCGGGUCUGUAGAUUAACAAGCUGGACGACCAGUGGCACAUCCAGGCUGGCUACAAGGGGUCUUCUCGGGAGGGACCACAGGGCCUUUUUCCAACUCGGCCGAUGGGAGUGCGCGAGGCACACUGAUGCGAGCCUCCACUGCUCGGGCCGAGGCCAUCUCUCAGUGACAGGUUUGGGAGGACUCGCCCACGUGCGGGAAACUUAAGCAGAGGCGCUCCAUUCUACGAUGAGUGGUGCCACCUGAGGGGUCGGCUCUUGGCAUCAGGCCAGCGCGCGCCCUGUGCAGAGUUCAGCCUGGCCUCCGCACUCCGUUCAGUACUUGAGUAGAGUUUUGGGGGCUUUGACCGUGACCGGAGUUGUGAUAGUUCACUGAACUAUGGGGAGUGGGCUGUCUCAGGAAAGAGUGACAGGAAGGGAGGGGCUUACAUUUCAGGCUGUGGCCUUCUGGCCAGGAACAGGAGUUUGAGGUGCCACGGGUUUACCCUAAUCCUACCCUCCAGCAGUCACAUCCACACUUCCAUGAAACAGCCUGCGUAGCUGUAGUCCAGCCCUGGCUCUGACAUGGGCUUCUGCCCAGGUGCUGUCUGUCAGUCUGCUGUUGGGGUUCGUGGGACUGGGGCCCUCUGGUAGCGAGCGGGGACGGGGGGGGGGGGACCAGCAGGUGGCGCUGCUCUCACGUAGUCGUUCAUGGACCCUCCUGGCCCAACUAACAAGUUCACCUGUGCCUGUGUCCAUUUCCACCCGUGCCCCUCUGCAGCGAGUGGGUAUCAAGGCUUCUCUGUGGCUGACGCUCGUGAAUCCAAACUCACCUUUCUUUGUAGGCCAUCCACUUCGAGGGUCGUGGGUGCCUGUCGCUGCCUACCUUUUGCCUUUCCCUGGUCGUUCCCCAUUCUGUUCUGGACUAGGCAAACUUGAGUGGUCUCGGCUUCACACACUGCACAGAUGCUCGGGGGCUCCUCAUGGCUCACCUUUGGUGCUCUCACGGGAUUCCUAGGCCUCUGGAUUCUCCCUCUCAUCUCCACCUCACAAACUACCACCAACCUUUCAGUUCUCAAGCCAUUCCAGAUGCCUGGCCAAUCUGCCGCCACCACCUGGAACUGGUGAGCAGACUACUCCAUUUGCACUUCAGGGAUUGCAAGACCAAAGUCAGCGGGGAUGCACUGCAGCUCAUGGCGGAGUUCCUGAGGAUCUUCGUACUAGCUCACUUCAUGACAUUCCACCAGAGGCUGCUGUCCGUGGGGUCUGGCAGGCCCAGGCAGAAGACCUGGAUGUUGUGGAAGUGGAUCAGCUGGAGAAAGUGCUCCCUCAGCUGCUCCUGGACUUCUAGAGUUCCCUCCUGUGGCCUGCAAGGUCUAGUGAAUCCACACCAGCAUCAACUCCUGAGCUCUCCAGCUUCAGGAGGAUGGGAAGAUCCCAGCAGCUGUUACCUCCAAGAGUCCUUGCAAGACAGGUGCAGGGAAAGGUGAACCAGCCUGCCUCCAGACACAGCCCUCCUCCCGCCCCCAGCAGCCUUGCAUUAUAAAUAAACCAGCUGCUGGCAGUGCCUCCUUCUUGCCACCCUACAUCAAAGCUGCUGUGUAGCCUUUUAACCACCUGACCCCCACCCCCAGGAUGCCUCCCUGAGCUGUAAAUUUGUUCUUACAAAGCAACAUCAAUAAAUCAACACCAUCUCUCUGA